AUGGGAGUUCUUGUUGUAAAUCCCCAAGAUUGCCUAAAAAAUCCUUUACAGCAACAACCAACGAGGAUGAGGUUCCCACGGAACCCUAACCCUAGCAAUCCUCGCCCAAACAAGGCACAACCCAAUCGCCGAAAGCGAAAUACAAAUUCAUCCCCACCUCCACGCGCCGCUGCUCCCAAGAAUAACAACAACAACAACAACAACAGAAGCAGCAACCUUGUUAUGGGACAAGUCAAGAUCCUUAAACGCGGCGAAGAAGAUUUACUAAAGCCCACGAAGAAAGUUGAGACUCCGAAAGGGAUUCCAAUUCCAAAGGCUGUAAAAAGUGGAGAUCUGGGUCUUGGUUCAACCAGCAGGUUGGGUCCGGAUCCCGUGUUGGUCCCAACUCAUGUCCGACUCACUGAGUCGAAGGACUUUGUUAAUGGUUUUUAUGCUGGAUCGGCUUUUUUUACAUCGCCGCCUCCGAGUUCUCUUCCUUUACCUGGGUUUUUCACAAAGAAGGCAAAUGAUCCUGUUGCUGUUGAUGCAGGCAGGCAUGGCUUCAAGGAAGAUUUGGGUGAUCCCACUUGUUUGAAGGGAAAAUGUUGCAUACAAGGAGAAUUUGGAAUUGGAUUUCCUUUACUUGGGCAUGGCUUGAAGGAAGAUUUGGGUUCUUGA